CCGAAAGUAGGUGUCUGAUAAGUUAUCUAAAACUUUUAUCACCUGAGCACACAUUAUCUAUAAAUGAAUUCUUAUGACUAGGGCGAAAAUAUCAACAGUGUAAUUAUUUUUGGAAAAAUGAAAAAUGGUUCAUCAUACCGAACUUUUGAGAACCAACUCGUUGGACGAUGAGGCGGGCAGUUUUGUGGCUCCAGUGGGUGAUUACAGAAACGAUGUGGAUUGUGGGUGUAAGGCUUUGCCCUGUCUUACUGAAAGACUAAAUUUAGAAAAAAUUGCAAAACCUACUAUUUUUGUUUCUGUAUUAUCGUUCGCGGGAUUUUUAAAUGGGGUUAUUGUUAAGUAUUUUAGAGGAACAUCGCAAGUUUGGAGUCAACAUUAUGGGAUACCGCAAGACACUACUGAGUGGAUAAUAUAUAUAAAUGAAGUUUUUGUCGGCUUCUUUGCCUUGAUUGUGGCUUACUGGGGCAACAGAAAUCAUAGACCCAAAUGGCUUGGCACGUUAACGAUCUAUCUGGCAGUUUUUUGCAUUAUUUUGGUCAUUCCUGAAGGAUAUUUGCCUUACAAUAAGGGGGAAACCGAUAUUGAUGUUGUUAAUGGAAAGAUGUUGUGUACAAUAACGACCAAGAUGGAAAUUAACGUCUCAGAAGAGGCCAAUAAUAAUCAAAAAGUCGCCUUUGCAAUUUUGAUUUUAUAUCAAAUUAUAUAUGCUCUCUAUACUAUAUCGUUUAUAACUCAUGGAAUUACGUAUAUUGAUGACAAUAUUUCCCCCGGACAAGUUCCAGUUUCAAUAGCUACGGUAUUUGCCACUCAACGUAUGGGAAAACAAGCAGGUAUUUACAAAGCCUGGAUACCAUUUGUAUUCAAUACACAAAGUGUUUUUGUAUCAGUAGGAUGGCUUCUGGUCGCUUCAUUUCUACUUAUAGCAGGCAUAUUAUUAGCCAUGUUUCCUAAGGUGAUGCCAGGUACUUUACUAAGAAAAUCUGUCAACUCUUUACUAAGUAUUGCAUCUGGAAAUGCAGUUGUGGAGCCUAAGCAACAAACUGAUGGUUUCUCUAAAACCUUAUGGCGCAUCUUAAAAAACAAAAUCCUUCUUCUCAACAUAAUCGCAAUGAUGUUUAUGCAAGCUGCUAUAAUUAAUUUUAACAUCAAAGAGAAGGAUUUCAACCAAUCCAAGUAUCACGUGUCCAAAUACAACGAUAUUUCGGGAUAUAGUGAUCCAACAUUAAUACAAUUCACCACUAACUUACUUAAACAGCCUGUUAUUGCAAUAUCAUAUAUAACAGUAGGAGUGGUCAUUUCUAAAGUAAAACCCUGUGCUAAAUACCUUGUAUUAUGGAAUAUUAAGAUAUUUGUAGUAGUGCUGUUAGGAUUUGUAGGAAUAAGAUUUUUUAACUGCACAACAAAUCUACAAAAUCAAAUUGGAGGAAAGUUAACUAUCCCUUAUUGCAGCUGGAAUUGUGGAUGCCUAUUAGAUGGACCCUUUCAACCAGUGUGUCUUAAUGGAGGAACACAUUAUUCACCUUGUUGGGCAGGUUGCACGGAUUAUGACAGUUCUUUAAAGCUCUUUGGAAAUUGUACAUGUGGUGGUAGUGGCAGAUCAGUUGCAACAGAAGGUUCAUGUGAUGCUGACAGUUGCAGUACCCUCUGGGCAUUAGCGCAGACGCAUGGAGUAGUUUCUUCAGCUUUAUUGGGAACCGCAUUCAUUGUCUCAAUAAUUAUAACACUCAGAUGUGUUGAAACCAAAGAUAAGGCACUUGCUCUAGGAUUAUACUUGACGUUUAUCAGUUUGAUUCCUUAUUUACCUAUGAAAGCUAUUUAUGAUGCUAUUGGAGAUAAUUUUUGUCAAUCAUGGGGACGUCAAUCUUGUCUGUUCUACUCAGAAGGCUUUGGAUUACUUUUGGCUAUUAACACAAUUUGUUUAAAAGUUCUUGCUAUUUUGACUCUAGUUGCUUUAUAUUUUGUUAUUGGUAAAGUUGAACUUUUUACUAACAAGAACUCAAGAGCAGAAUCUGAUGAAGAUUUGUCAUAUUUGAGACGCCCAGGUGUAGUUCAUCAAACUGUGCCUAUUGCCAACAAUAAUAACCUACAAAGCAGUUCUUUAGAAGAGCCAGGAGUGUCAGCACAAAAUCCAAGUGAAAUCAGUGCCUUAAUACAUAAUCCUACUGAUAUCCUAAGAAACAAACAAAGAAGUGAAAGCAAGUUGGAUAAAGCAGUAAACCGUUCAAGCAAAAGUAAUCGAAUUAACUCCUAUUUAAGUGAAGGUGAUCUUGUUCCACCACUUAAUUCAAACCUUAAACUAAAAUCGCCUUCAAGAACAUCGAACUCAAAUAAUUCGGUUAUAUCCAGCGAUUCAUCAUUAUCAGCUAUUGCUAAUGCUGUGGGUGAUGAUCAUGAUAGUGACUUCUCAACUUUGCAACGUCCAGGAAGGGUCAAGGUAUUGCCAACUAAAUUAUCUCCUAAACUUAAUGCUAGGAAUGGAAAGCCAAAUCUUCAGGAAACUGAAUUUUAACAGUAUUGUUCAGUCAUAUACCAAUAUUAAUUUGUUCCUUACUGAUUUAUCUGGGAUUAAGGAGAUUUAAGGAACUUCAUUGGAUGUCUCUUCAUAGCUCUACCGCUUAAGCUUUGACAAUUGUAAAUAGUUAUUUAAUCGAUUAAACUAUUUAACCUGAGAAGGUGUUAUCUAACUUCUUAAUAAUGUAUAACUAGGCUUAAUUCCCAAAAAGAAUGUUUAUCUUUAUUAUUUAUUGUUUUUAUUAAACUAUUUUACAUUUAAA